AUGGAGGAGAUUUCUCGGGCUUCAGCAGGCAUUGGACUUUCGUACGGCGCGCAUUCAAACCUGUGCAUAAACCAGGCUGACAGAGCCGUCAGUCAACAGCAUCCGAAUCGUGACUCCGAUACACAUCCCCCCCCUCGUGCCUUGUCUUUCGGUGCAGCUUAUUCGCGGAAAUGCCGUUGGCGCUCUUGCAAUGUCCGAACCGAUUCGUCGAGGAAAGUGACAGCCUUCCUUGUUGAAAAGGGAAUGGAUGGUUUGGCGAGAGGCAACAAGCUCGACAAGCUGGGCAUGCGAUGCAGCGAAACGUGCGAGUUGUUUUUCGACAACAUCCAUAUCCCUCCUGAGAACAUUUUAGGGACUCCAGGGGAAGGAGCUAAAGUGCUCAUGUCUGGACUUGAUUCCGAGCGACUGGUUCUCGCUGGUGGCCCUCUAGGCAUAAUGGCGGCAUGUUUGGAUGUAGUCUUCCCAUAUAUCAACCACCGCCAGCAGUUCGGCCAGCCCGUGGCGGAUUUUCAGCUCAUGCAAGGAAAAUUGGCGGACGCAUACACCAUUUUCAUCUCUCAUCGAGCUUUCCUCUACAGCGUUGCUCGAGCGUAUUCUGAAGGAUCUGCUGGACGAGCAGACUGCGCUGCAGCGAUUUUAUGCUGCGCAGAGAAGGCAACGCAUGUCGCCCUCGAUACAAUUCAGAUGUUGGGGGGAAACGGGUGA